CAAGCUCUCUGCGUUCUGCACGUGGGCUAAUUUGAAGUUGUGUAGCAAGUGACUGUGCGGAAAGUCUUUGUUGCACUAUGCUGACCUCUCUGUCAGUUUACCCGGCCUACCACUUGGUUGCUGUUGUUCCCAAACUCUUCACUUUUCUUGUAAUUAAGUUGACUUUGAAAUAUUUAGGAGGCAGGACAUUUCACGACUGGAUUUGUUGCACAGGUGGCAUCCUAUGACAGUUCCACGCUGGAAAUCACUGAGAGCGGCCGGCCCGUUCUUUCACAGGCCCAGUGCUGCGACCACCGAGCAUCUGAAGCGGUCUAUCCCACAACAGAGACAUGAAGCCUCGGCCAUGAGAACACUUGCAACGAUGAAGGCGAUAUUCUGAGCAUGUACGAGAAUAAGCAGUCACACAACUCUAAUAACUAGCGACACAUGUGGCAACUGGAGAAGCAACUCUCCAAAUAAGAAAAGACUCCCAACCAAAGAGUCAACACGGUGAAUAAGAGCUGCUCCAACCAUGAAAUUGAAAAGACGCCAAUGCUUUUCGAACAUCGCAAAAUGUGCCUUUCUCCUCGCUCUGCUGGCGGUGCUGGUCCUUCUUGUAGCCCACAUGUGGCAUCCAAGUCUCACAGCACCGUUCGGCUUGAGGGGAAGUCCAGGGACUUGCCGAGAUGAAGGAGACCAUGCAAACCAAUCAUCCGUAGAAGAAGUUGAAGAAGCUACAAACUCCCACGGGAAGAAAAACGACACCAUUACAGGUGUAAGAGGUUUGCAAGAACCUAGGCCGGUCAAGACUACCCAGAUGAAGGGCAGAGACUUUAAUGCCACUUUAGUCCACGGUCUGUUCCCUUACAUCAUCAAUGAACCGGCGAAAUGUCAAGGUGGUCGAGCAACACCAUUCCUGGUGUUCAUAAUAACCACAGUGGCUUCAGAGGUGGAAGCCAGGAGUGCCAUACGGCAGACCUGGGCAAACCAGACCUUGGUGCCAGGUGUGGCAGUUCUCCGCCUUUUUCUGCUGGGAAAGCUGGGGGGAGAGCUGGGGGGUUCUCAGCAAAGGAUGCUCCAAGAAGAGAGUGCCGAGCAUCAUGACAUCAUUCAGCAGGACUUUGUAGAAUCAUACAACAAUAUGACCCUGAAGACCCUGAUGGGUCUGCACUGGGUGGCAAGGUACUGUCCACACGCGGGCUACGUCAUGAAGACCGACAGUGACAUGUUCAUCAACACGGAGUACCUCAUCCACAAGCUGCUCAGACCAGAGCUGAAGCCCAAGACGAACUACUACACAGGCAGAAUCAUAGAACAUGAGUUAGCUCAUCGCGAUAAGAAGAACAGGUGGUACAUGUCUGAAGAGGAAUAUGGAAAGGCAGAGUAUCCUGCCUUCUGCUCUGGGACUGGUUACGUGCUGUCCGCAGACUUGGCUGACAAGAUUCUCAGAGUAUCUUUGGCUACGCACAUCGUACACCUCGAGGAUGUCCACGUGGGAUUGUGUCUAAGCCAGCUCGGGGUGAAGCCCACCAAGACGUCCAUAUGGCUAUUCAACCACUACCAUGUGCCCUUCACACGCUGCAUGUACAGCAAUCUCAUCACCUCACACCAAAUUACACCAAAGGAACUACUGCAGUACUGGACCAGACAGCAGAAAAACAAGAACAUUUGUCAAAGGAUGGGACUAGGGAACUUGUGAUGCGGUCAAUCUCCACACCCCUUGGACUGUCAAAAAAGUGGUUGCUGACAUCCAACAUUUAAACAAAGAUUCAAUUCCAUCCAUCCAUCCAUUCAUCUACUUCCGUUUAUCCGAGGUCGGGUCUCAGAGAAGCCCAGACUUUCCUCUUCCCAGCCACUUCGUCCCGCUCCUCCCGGGGGAUCCUGAGGUGUUCCCAGGCCAGCCGUCUCCCGGCCUCCUGCCGGUUGGACGUGCCUCAAACGCCUCCAUAAGGAGGCAUUCGGGUGGCAUCCUGACCAGAUGCCCGAACCACCUCACCUGGCUCCUCUCCAUGUGGAGGAGCAGCAGCUUUACUUUGAGCUCCUCCCGGAUGGCAGAGCUUCUCACCCUAUCUCUAAGGGAGAGACCCAAACUCAUUUGGGCCGCUUGUACCCGUGAUCUUGUCCUUUCGCUCAUAACCCAAAGCUCAUGACCAUAGGUGAGGAUGGGAACGUAUAGAUGGACCAGUAAAUUGAGAGCUUUGCCUUCCGGCUCAGCUCCUCCUUCACCACAAUGGAUCGAUACAGCGUCCGCAUAACUGAAGACGCCUCCACCAUCCACUCUUCCCCCACUCGUGAACAAGACUCUGAAGUACUUGAACUCCUCCACUUGGGGCGGGGUCUCCUCCCCAACCUUGAGAUGGAACUCCACACUUUUCCGGGCGAGAACCAUGGCCUCAGACUUGGAGUAGCUUUAUUUGGCAUAGCUGUACGACAUUUGGACUCAGGUCCUGGCAAAGGUUCAGGAAAAAAGGUAAUAAAUAAGGCACUUUUAAAGGGGAACAUUAUCACCAAACCUAUGCAAGCGUCAAUACAUACCUUGAUGUUGCAGAAAAAAAACAUGUAUUUUUUUUAACCGAUUUCCGAACUCUAAAUGGGUGAAUUUUGGCGAAUUAAACGCCUUUCUGUUUAUCGGUCUUGUAGCGACGACGUCAGAACGUGACGUCACCGAGGUAACACACCCGCCAUUAUCAUUUUCACAUUACAGCUCUGUUAUUUUCCGUUUUUUCGACUAUUUUUUGGAACCUUGGGUGGGUGUGUUGUCGGAGGGUGUAACAACACUAACAGGGAGGGAUUCAAGUUGCACCACUGGCAAGAAAUCUGCCGCCAGACCCCCAUUGAAUGUGCCAGAGUGUCUGCACAUUUUACCAGGGAUGCUAAGACAGACAUGGCACAGAGAUGUAUGGAUAACCUGCAGGUGCAUUUGCAACCAUUAAGUCAGGGGUCGGGAAGCUUUUUGGCUGAGAGAGCCAAGAAGCCAAAUAUUUUAAAAGGUAUUUCUGUAACAGCCAUAUAAUAUUUUUUUUUACACUGAACACAACUAAUCACAUACAUUUUUAAGUAAAACCAACAUUUAUAGAGUAUAAGUCUGUUAUUCUCUGUAAUAACAUUGUUAUUCUGAAGCUAACUGUGGAGGGGGUGUGGCCUGCGGGCCUGCAGCGAAGCGGGUUGUGCCAGGACCGGCCUCGAAAUCAGCGACAGGUGCGUAGAAGGCCCACCUGGGCCUUGUUAUCUAAUCACCUGUCACUAUGUUAUAAGCAGCAGCCAGGAGGAAAGACGGGGUUGGGGCUGGAGCCAGAGUGCGAGCGAGAGCGAAAGCGAAAAAGACAAUUGCUGGAUAGCAACUGAGAGACUUAUUGAAAAAUAAAACAAUAUUGUAACCCUGAAACAGGCUCUCAUGUCGGUGCUUGGUGGUCUGAAGAACCCCCAGGAGGACAAGCCCCACACUAAUCAAUAAUAAAUAAAUAACUUUUUACCAUAAACGCAACUUCUUGAACAGGUGCGCUAGAAAACGGAUGGAUGGAUUAAAAUGCACGAGAAUGUUUUAUUUUGAACGUUACUUUAAACACUGUGAUUACAAGCGGAAUUAUUCAUUACUUAGUGUGUUAAGCAGUGUCAGCUCGGAUUUAUCCGAGAGCCAGAUGCAGUCAUCAAAAGAGCCAUAGGUUCCCUACCCCUGGAUUAAGUCAACGAAAUCACAAAGUUGAGUUUUGUUGAUGUUGUUGACUUAUGUGCUAAUCAGACAUAUUUGGUCGCAGCAUGACUGCCAGCUAAUCGAUGCUAACAUGCUACGCUAAUUGACGCUAGAAUGCUACGCUAAUCGAUGCUAACAGGCUAUUUACGCGAGCUCUAUGUACGUUUGAAAUUAGGUACCCAAAUUUAAUGCGAAACAAACACUUACCAAUCGACGGAUUUAAGUUGCUCCAGUGUCACAAGAUGCGAAAGUCCUGAUCGUUUGGUCCGCAAAUUUUACCGGCGAUGCUAAUAGGGCAGCCAUGCUAUGAGCCACUUCAUUAGGUACACCCGUGCUACGGCCGAAUAGCGUCAAUACUUUUUAUUCAUAGCUGUGUGUAGAAGUGUCUGGUUGUAUCUGCUGCUUUAAUGUCUUUAAUGUCCUAUGUGUUCUUUGAUGUUUGAUGUUUCCCUCUUACACACAUGUAAGAGGGAUGUGUACUAUGGCUAUGAGUUGUUGUUUUUUUUUCCCUUGGCCUCAGUCUGCACCCCCUCUCCAGGGGCCAGGCUAAGACCGAUUUUUUUUCUAUUUUUUUCUCCCCCCCCUUGUUUACCUGUAUCUCAUCUUUUUUUGUAAGGGGCGCUGGAAGCCGGCAGACCCGUCAGCGAUCCUGUUCUGUCUCCCUUUAAUGUUUGUCUGAUCUUGAAUGGGAUUGUGCUGAAAAUUGUAAUUUUCCUGAAGGAACUCUCCUGACGGAAUAAAUAAAGCACUAUCUAAUCUAAUCUAAUAGCUUCAGUUUUUUCUUCAAUUUCGUUUUCGCCAUCUGCCUCCAUACGCCGACCAUCUGUUUCAAUACAUGCGUAAUCUGUUGAAUCGCUUAAACCGCUGAAAUCCGAGUCUGAAUCCGAGCUAAUGUCGCUAUAUCUUGCUGCGGUAACCGCCAUGUUGUUUGUAUUGGCAGGGAAAUGGACAGUCGCAUCGCAAAUAGCGAAAAUCAAGAACUUUAAAGCUUUUUUUUUAGGGAUAUUCCGGGGAGGUGUAAAAUUUGGAACAAAACUUCGAAAAAUACAACAGGCCACUGGGAACUGAUUUUUGUUGUUUUUAACCCUUUUGAAAUUGUGAUAAUGUUCCCCUUUAACAAGAAGGACUGAUAUUCUUUGAGCUGCAAUUUGACCCCCUUAAAAUGCUUCAAAACUCACCAAACUUGGCACACACAUCAGGACUGGCAACAAUUGCGAGCUAAUGAAAAAACCAAACCCCAAAACUCAAAAUUGUGCUCUAGCGCCCCCUAGGAAUACAACACAGACAAACUGCUCCUAGGAAGAAAACAGACAAAACUGCUUGUAACUUCCAUUACAAAUGUCGUAGAGACAUGAAACAAAAACCUCUAUGUAGGUCUGACUUAGACCUACAUUUCCAAUGAAACACUUCUAUACCUAAAAUCAACAGGAAGUUGGCAAAAACCCCUUCAAAACAAAAUUUUUGCAAAAAAUGCCUUUUUUGCCUCUUUGAACUGAUAUUUGACCCCCUUAAAAAACUUCAAAGUGCAAGUUAAAGCUAUACAAUGCCAAGCGAAAGCCAUUUAUCAACAACAUCCAGAAACGCCAAUCUGUAAUUUGACCCCCUUAACAUGCUUCAAAACUCACCAAAUUUUACACACACAUCAGGACUGGUGAAAAUUGCCAGCCAAUAAAAAAACAAACCCCAAAAAUUUAAAUUGUGCUCUAGCGCCCCCUAGGGAAAAAAACUGACAAAACUGCUUGUAAAUUCUGUUAGGAAUGUUGUAGAGUGAUGAAACAAAAGCUUCUAUGGAGGUCUGACUAAGAUCGGGACUCGGGACACGGCGGCAGCGGCCAAAGGCGGACCCGACCGCUGAGUGGGUUGCUUGCAUUUUUAAAUUAGCCAGAGAAUGAAUAGAGGAGUUUAACCUCGGGCAGUUUGUUAUAUUCUUACUUUGAUUAUUCUGCGUAAACACAUAGUUAGCAUGCUGGCCUCACAGUCAGGUAUCGGUGUGUGGGAUGGCUUCAUUGCAGACUAUAUCAACUGGGAAUGUGCUGCGCCUAGCUGAAGACCCAUUGGGGGUGAUCUACACCUAUCCACCCAAGUCAGCCAGAGGGUUUGUGGCAAUGUGAAGUGCUCAGUUGAGGGAUAACUCCUGUGAAGUACACCAGUCACGAGACCACCACCAUCGACUGAAGAACACUAAGAGUGCAAGCCUUCUCCGAGCUCCCCCCUCUCAAUAGAAAGGAAUCCUUGAGAAACAUUGUGGGCUGAGAUGGUGAUGCGGACCACCCACAAAAUGUGUUCCCUUAUCUCAUUUCUGUCAGCUCUGGAAACGUUCAUACAUUUGUUUCCAAACAGGCUGCUGGAGCGUUUUCUCUUUGCAUCGAUCUCACUGCUUUUAAACGCCAUGUGUGUGCUUAUUAAAAAGACAUACAAAAAAGAACACAAUUUACUAUGCAGUGAAUUAUUUGGAAUCAAUGGUCUACACAUGAAUGAAAUUAUGAAUAAAGAUGUUGUUGUGAAUGAUUUUAAUGAAUGAGAUUGCAGUCUAUGUUGUUAUGAUCCGCUGCUCGGAUCAUAUCAUGUUCUGGUUUUGAUUGGUUUUUGUAUUAUAUUCUGUUAGUGUUUGACUUCCUUAGUUCCUGGUUUGUUCUGUUUCCAUAAAUGACUCAUUAGAUUCCCCUGCCUCUUGAUUACUGUCUUUAUUUAAGCCUGCCUUUUCUGUUCGUUCAGUCUUGCCUUCUAAUGUGUGUUCGCACAACAGUGACGACCUUGAUCCUCGAUUCUGAUUCCGAAUCUGUACUUGAUGCUCCUCUAGCUCCCAUGCUAGUAGUUUUGUUUUGCCUUUUGUGCAAGUUUUUCUGUUAUUUCUCUAGCGCUUUCGGUUUUUUUUUCCCUAGCUCCCAUGCUAGUUCUGU